UCUAAUCAAUAAAGAACUGUGUUUAUCAAGCUUAUUAAUUAUUAAAGAUAAAAUUCGUUUCAAAAGAAGAUAAGCGCAAUAUUUAAUUCCAAACCAAAUUGGGUGAGAAAAUCAUAUUACUAAUUAAAUUAUUAAGUAGAACUCAAAUUGAAAUAAGAAAUUGAAAACCCUAAAUCCUCUCAAAUAUUGCUAUCUUAUUUCCGAUCUAAGUUCUGUUUACAAACUUUGUCUACUUCUAAAUCACAUUUAGAAUCUCGAAAAUCAAUUUCAGAUAUUUUUGGAAUCUCUAGUGAUUAUUGUUGUUUUAACUCUCCAAACCGCUGUCGCCGUCAUGGAACCGCAAGCUCCGUCGUUAAAUCCUAAGCUCCGUCUCCUCUGUAGCUACGGUGGCCGUAUAAUGCCCUUCCCACCGGAAAAAUCCCUUCACUACAUCGGUGGCGAGACGCGGUUAGUCGUCGUUCCACGUGACAUCUCUUUUCUCGACUUCUUCAAGCUUCUCUCCGACAAGCUCCUCUCUGGUCGCUCCUUCUAUCUCAAGUACAAACUCCCUGGCUGCGACUUCGACUCUCUCAUCACCGUCUCCGAUAACGAUGAUCUACAGAACAUGAUCGCCGAGUAUGAUUCCACACGUUUCCGGCGUAUCCGUCUCUUCCUCUUCCCAUUAAAUCACGUCGGGUUAACACGACAAUCCGUGACCGUUAAUCGGUUGCUAGGUCUAGAAUCGCCGAUCUUCACCUCUUCAUCUUCCGUUCUUUCCAGCCCGAUUUUCUCGCCAAAGAAUGGUCCGGUACAGUUUGUCCAUAGCGAAAAGGUCGAUGCAACCGCGGCAGAGGAGAAUCGGAGACAGGACGAGGCGGCUCCUACAACGUCCGCCUCUAUGUUGCCGCCAGAAAAGACUGCCCCCGCUGAUGAUGCGGGAGGAGUUUCAGAUAGAGAAACAGAGAUAGUAGAGAUUCAAGACCAGCCACGGCCAAUCAUUCAAGAGCCUUUGCCGCAGCAGCAGCAGCCAUUGAUAAUCUGCUAUUUACCAGUCUGGCAGAUGCAGCCACAUAUGGUUAAUUAUCUAGUGGCUGCUUAUGCAUUGUCUCCGGCUACAGAACAUUCUCCUUGGUUAGAUCCUAUGCCGGAAAAGCAGGAAAACGCGACCUGAAGGGAGUUUCUUUGACGCCAAGGUGAUCUGGUGCAUGGGAGCAGCUUCUCUUCCUCUCAUCCCUUAGGCCCAUAAUCUUCUGUCCAGCCAGUCCAGGAUCCACUGUUCUAAAAUAUGCGGAUGUGUAAAUAAUUCUCCCUCAGCAAGGCUCGAAUUGAGAUCAAAGGUUUCAACCUUUUUACAAGACCUUUUGACAACAACUAUCUGCACUGGAUUGAUGUAAAAUUUGGAUUUUGAUAAAUUUGCUAAAUACUUAGGUAGGAUAUUUAGAUUUACAAAGAGUUUUAGACUUUUAGUAUUUAAAUAUUACGUAGUUAGUCCCAUUAUAAUUUUUAACACUAUAUGUAUUUGUUAGUUUAUCCAAGUUAUUUAAUGUCAAAGAAAAAAACAAGUUAUUGGAUUGAUAAUUAUUCUAGUACAAAAUGAAUUUAAUUGAAUUUGUUAUUAUCAAAAAAGUUCCCCUCAUUGAUUUCUAACAUAAUUUCCAAAUAUAAGUUGUUGCUGAGUUAGUUUUUUAAUGAACACAUCCGUUAUCUGACAUAAAACUCUUCCUAUAUUUUGAAUUACUUAUUUACAAAGAAUUUAAAUUAUUUUGUUUUUUCUUAAUUUUUAAUGUAUUUUUUGUUCCAUCACCGCUACUCUCAAGAAGAUAAACUUUUUCAAUAUGAAACUUUAUUUUAAAGUCCAAUUCAAUUGUUUGGGCACAUAUAAUGAUUUAUUUUAGCAAUUCAUUCCAAUUUAAGUUUUGAACAAUGUUGCAGACUUGGUUUGUUAUAUCCAACCUUAAGGCGGCACACAGUACUAGAAGUAUUCUGCAUCACAAAACUGGAAAUUUUUUAUAAAUAUUACCCAGCGAAUAGUAAUGCAAAAUGCUGUGUUUUCACCAAGAGAUUUGGUUAUAUAUAUAUAUA